AUGACGCAUGGUAUCUUCACUCGGUACCUUAGUAUGGGAUCCAAGACCUCUGAUGAAUACCAGCAGACUCCCAAUGCUUCCGACUCCAUCGAGCUCAAGCCAGCCAACCAAAAUUCGAAGCCUUCUCCAAAGGCUUCGACCUUGGCGGAUUUGGAUCGCGGAAUUAUUGGUGAUGAUGAUGAUGAAAGACCUCGGAAGCGUAAGAAGCCAAAGAAGAAGAAGAAGUCAGCGGAGCUUGGGCAAAGCACUCCACCUCGCGUACUUGUAUCUAGUCUGUUCCCGUUUGGAUUCCUCGAGGGGGAGCUUUUGCCAUAUGAGAAUACAUCCCGUGUUAAAGAUGAGGAGUCACGUUUCAACUCUCGCCUAUGGGACGAAGGAUUUCUUGACGAUUACCGUGAGGCCGCGGAGAUCCAUCGUCAGGUUCGUCAGUAUGCCCGGAAGGAGCUCAUCAAACCAGGUGCAAGUCUUCUGUCCAUUGCUGAUGGGAUUGAGGAUGGAAUUCGUGCACUAUCUGGCCAUCAGGGACUUGAAACUGGAGAUAGUUUGAAAGCUAGCAUGGGUUUUCCCACCGGGCUAUGCCUAAACAAUAUCGCAGCCCAUUGGACGCCGAACCCAGGCGGAAAAGAUGUCAUCCUGCAGAAUAGUGAUGUACUAAAGGUGGACUUUGGUGUGCAAAUAAAUGGUCGUAUUGUUGAUUCAGCAUUUACCAUCACUUUCGACCAUACGUACGACAACCUCCUGACUGCUGUAAAAGAAGCAACCAAUACUGGUAUUCUGCAUGCUGGUGUCGACGCAAGAAUGAGUGAUAUCGGAGCUGAGAUCCAAGAGGUGAUGGAAAGUUACGAAGUAGAGAUUGGAGGUAAAUUUCUACCAGUGAAAUCUAUUCGAAACAUUACAGGUCAUGACAUUCUUCGAUAUCGUAUACAUGGCGGCAAACAAGUCCCCUUCGUCAGAAAUAAGAAUCGGGACAAGAUGGAGGAGGGUGAGGUAUUUGCCAUCGAGACUUUCGGCAGUACCGGAACGGGAUAUUUACGUGAUGAUAUGAAAAGCCUGAUAGACAAGGGAAUUGUGGAGUCUUACGCUCCACUCGUUGACGUGAAGGGCUCAUAUACAGCACAAUUUGAACAUGUAUGGAACACCUCAGGGAAACCCCACUCCAAGGCUAAUCAUUACUUUCAGACGAUUCUUCUCCAUUCGGGUGGUAAAGAAGUGAUCAGCCGUGGCGACGACUAUUAG